GGCUGCACAACGCGGCGAGCUGCUCGAAUUGCUCGAAUUAGAACGGCGGGGCUCCUUGGACUCGCCUUGAACCCUUUACAUAAGGAACGGCGAGCGACCAGACGCGAUAAAAACGGGCCGCGGGGCGCCGGGCGGGGCUGAGGGGCGCUGGGGCCGAGGCCCCGCCCGGCUCCGCGUCACGUGGCCGCAGCGAUGGCGGCGCCGGGGCCGGACGCGCUGUGGGUGCGGGACCCGCUGGGGCCGCGGGCGCGGCCGCUGCCGCUGCCCCCCGGGGGCGGCUCCGUGCUCUGCCUCCGCCGCCACCGCGCCCGGGAGCUGAACAUCCCAGAAGAAAGCUUGUAUGUGAAGUGUAAUGGGCGACUGGUCAGCGAUGAAGAUGAGUUGCAGAGUGGAGUCGUUUAUAGCCUGGAGCCGAGGCUUUGUGCUGGAAAAGGAGGGUUUGGGUCGAUGCUGCGAGCCCUGGGUGCUCAGAUUGAGAAGACAACAAACAGAGAGGCGUGUCGCGAUCUCAGCGGAAGGAGACUGCGCGACGUCAAUCACGAGAAAGCGAUGGCCGAGUGGGUGAAGAAGCAGGCGGAGCGGGAGGCGGAGAAGGAGCAGCGGCGGCUGGAGAGGCUGCAGCGGAAGCUGGCGGAGCCACGGCACACGUUCACCGACCCCGAGUACGAGCGGCAGUACCGCGAGAUGGCCGAGCGCCAGGAGGAGUCGCUGCGCAUCGGCUUGCAGGUUAUUGCCAGCAAAGCAGUGUCGUCAGAAAGUGGCAAGAGUCGGAAGCGUCCAGGUGAGCCUGGGAAGAGCGAAACAAAAUCUGAAAAAAGAAAAUGUCCUUGGCCAGGAUUGGAUGAGGCCACAGGCUCAGGCUGUGAGGAUGACAACAAGGAUGCCUCCCCUUGUGCAUCUGACAGAAGUUGUCCAUCAGGCAGCAGUGCUAAUGGAAGCGUUGGGAAUUCAGAUGAGUGUUCAAGCAGCUCUGUGGCUUCAGCAGAGGACAGUCCAUCUACCAGUGCAAGUGAGAAACCACUGGAGCAGCCAGAAGGUCCUGGAAGAGAUCUGCAAGGAGAGGUGGGCACAGGUGGGCAGGCUGAAAUUCUGUCUGAAGAAAACAGCAAAAUGACAGAGGCCCCAAAGGAAGACACCCAAGGGAAGAAUGGAGUGACACAAGCUCAGAAAGAAGAGCAAGAAAACGUUCCUGCCAAGGCAGAGGAAACAAACCAGUCACAGAGCACGGAGGUAGAACCAAUAGACCUGCUGGCCUUCAACUCUGCUGCUGAGCUGGAAGCCCUGGGUUUAGAGAAGCUGAAGAUGGGAUUGAUGUCUUUGGGACUGAAAUGUGGAGGCACUUUGAAGGAAAGAGCAGCAAGGCUUUUUUCAGUGAGAGGUCUGUCUAGAGACCAGAUCAAGCCAUCCCUAUUUGCAAAGCCCCCUAAAGGGAAAACCUCUGGUUAGAUUUGGGAAUAUUUACCUUUUUUUGCAUGUGUAUUUGAUGUCAUUAAAUAAAAGCUCUUGGUAUCCUUUCAA